AUGGGAGCACCAGUGCUCCUCUUAGCUCUCACCCUGUUCCCAGUGGCAGCUGCAGAAAGCCUGGAACCUCACUACCUGGUGGUGUUCCCUGCUGUCAUCCACCACGGCCAGGAGGAGAAGCUCUGCAUUCACUUCAGCUCCUUGACUGAGACUGUCCAUCUGGCUGUCACCUUGGAGGGGACAUCCCAGAAUCACACACUAGUGGAACAGGAUGUAGAGAAGCCAGGUGGUUUCCAGUGCAUCUCCUUCCAGCAUGAGGUGGUGACUUUUCUGCAUGUCCUGACCCACAGCGGGGAUAAUGUGCUCUUUGAGGGGCACAAGAAGGUUCUGAUCAAGCCCCAGAAGAAUCUCAUCCUGGUAGAGACAGACAAGGAGAUAUACAAACCUGGAGAAACAGUGAAAUUUCGGAUUGUCAACCUUGACGAGGACCUUAAGGUCAUUCAAAAUGAGGAUCCCGAGCACAACCGCAUUGCUGAGUGGCUGCAUGUGAAGCCCAGACAGGGCAUCGUGGACCUGUCCUUCCCCCUGGCGGCCGAGGCACCCCUCGGGGAGUACAUCAUCUCCGUGCAGCGAGGCAUGGCUCAGAAAAACUUCACUGUCUACGAAUACGUGCUGACGAAAUUUGAAAUAACUUUUGAGCACCCUCCAUUCAUCACGACAGCAGAUGAGGCAUUUGAGCUGAAGGUCUGUGGCAAGUACACCUAUGGGAAGCCUGUUCAAGGGAAAAUAGAUAUCCAUUUUAUCACAAUUUACCAGUACUUGGAAGGCAUUUUUUCAAGUUCUGAUGAGACGAGGAAGAGAAGAGGCUGGACAAACGAGAAUGGCUGCACUACUUUUACAGUGCAGACACAGACUCUGGAGCUAGAUGAAACUGAGAGUGUCAUCGUUGUGGUAGGAGAAAUGGAGGAAGACAAAACAG